CUUGUUAACCAUUUUAUUGAAUUAAAAAAAAAGAAAAAUGCUGGUCAUCGUUGCAGUCCACCGAAUCUGACGUGGUCCUCCACAUUCACGUAUCUGAAAUGAGAAGAAAAGAAAAACAAGAAAUAUGGGCACAAAAAGAUCCCAGUUAUGUCAAUGUCCAUCCUGGGACAAGCGAGGUCGAGUACGAGACGGCACCCGGUCACCCACAGACUCCGCCAAAACGUGUCAAUAUUAAGGGGCUUCCUAAAGGCUUUUUGGAUGUGGACAUUCUGCUACCGAAUGGCAUCCACCUAAGCAUUACAGUGCCAUUCAGCUCCACCAUGGCCAACCUGAAGAAGAUUGUAUGGCACCGAGCAUACAAGGAACCGCUCUUCAGUCUCCUCCAUCAUCCAUCCUUCUAUACCUUCAUGUGUAUUGAUCAUCAGUCCGACCAGCACAUCCUCCAAGAUCACCAUCGUCUGUGUGAAGUUGACUUCUUCCUCCCCAUCUUUAAAAUUGUUCUUAAAGAGAAUAAACAGCCUAAAAUUCUUCCUAGUAGAGGACUGAAGCUCCUGCUGGACAGAGAUCUGCAGGUAAUAAGAGACCCAGAAGUGGACAUGUUCUGGUACAGAGUGAGGAAAAUGUAUGAAACCAUUAUGGAAAGCCAAGGAGCAAUGUCUGAGAAGGAAUGGUUGGACAUCACUUACCCCCCACAGUUGGAUCACUUUGCCGUUUCAGAGAGCAGCCUCCAGGUUGUAGUGAACAUACACGGGUCUGAGGAGAUCCAGACUAUUGGCUUUGAUCCUACAAGAUUCCCCAUGGACCUGAUCGGGGUGACACUACAAAAUAGACCCACCACCUCAGGCAAAUUGACCAAGAUGCGGUCAGAUGCUUUUGUAUUAAAAGUGACGGGUAUGGAUGACUACCUGCACGGGGAACGCUCACUCUUCAGGUUUAAGUACAUCAGUGAGUGCAUGAGGUAUGGGAUCACUCCUCACCUGACCAUUACCCCAUUGGCCUUUGUGACCCAUCGAGAGAACGUCCGUGAUCUGGGCUCAAGCCUUAGUCUCCUUCGUCUAAAUCCGAACCUAGAGGAUAUGGUGAUCUCAGGACGGACAUCUCUAUGGGACCUGAAGCGGCCAUUCAUGAUCCAGAUUACUGAGGGGUCCAAUGUGACUUUAGCAGAAGGUUGUAAGGUGAUGGUUCGGGCCGGUCUCUUCCAUGGACACGACCCCCUCUGUCAGUACGUGGAGACCACCGAAGUGAACGCUUCCUCUCAUCCAGUGUGGCAGCAGAAUCUGCAAUGUGACAUAGACGUGUGUGAUCUCCCCCGUAUGACGCGCCUCUGCCUCUCCCUCUGCUCCAUUCAUGGGGAUGGAGUUUUUGUGACUAGGAGAAAGGUGGCCCCUAUAGCCUGGGUGAACAUGAUGGUGUUUGAUCACAGCCACAAGCUGAAUAGCGGCCAUCAGAGCCUGACCCUGUGGUCUCCACCUCCAGAUACUAUAGAAGACUCAUUGAAUCCCACUGGAUCUGUAGGCCGUAAUCCUGAUCCCAAUGGCGCGACACUAAAAGUGUGCAUUCUAUCUGAGUCACCCGAUCCUGUCUAUUACCCCUCGAUAGAAGAGAUAAUAAAGUUGGGAAAAAGCAACACAGCAAAGAAAGUGUCGUUUGAAGAGGUAGUAAAGUUGGGGAAACACGGCGGAGUCUGCAGUUUGUUGCCUGAAGAGGAGCAGCUCCAGGCCGUCCUAUACCAAACAUGGCGGGAAGAGCUUAGUGACCGCGAAAAGGAUCUAAUAUGGGAAUUUCGCCGUGAGAUCCAGAGAUGGCAUCCGGAAUGUCUGGCCAAACUUCUCCUUUCCACCAAGUGGAAUUGUCAUGUUCAGGCAGCACAGAUGAUUUACUUGUUACAGUCUUGGUCAGAGAUUUCUUCUUCUUCCGCCCUGGAGUUGCUCGGUCGUAGCUUUCCUGACCCUUCGGUAGAGAUGUUUGCGGUGAGAUGUCUGAGGAGCUUGUCGGAUGAAGAACUUUCUAAUUUGCUCCCACAAUUGGUGCAAGUGCUGAAAACCAAGGCGUAUGUGUACAACGAGGUCAGCGCGUUCCUCUUGGAGAGAGCCUUUGUGGCACGCGGCAUCGGACACCAGCUGUUCUGGCUCUUACGGUCAGAGAUGAAUGAGCCGGUGAAUCUCGUCUUCUCCAUCAUCCUGGAGGCGUUCUGCUCCAUCCAUGUGUCACAACAUAUCCAGCUGGUGAAGCAGGUCCAGGCCGUGAAUAGGAUGGGGGCCCUAUAUAAGUUUGUGCACAUGAACUACGUGAGAAAAGAAGAACUAAAAAUGGCGCUACAGGAGCGGCUGAAGCUGGAAAAGUAUUCCGGCCAUCUGUCCUUUUUUUGUAGCCCCCUGGACCCUAAGGUCGUCCUGACUAACCUGUGUGAGGAGCGCUGCAGUCUAACCAACUCUAAAGUGAAGCCCCUUCUCCUGGUUUUUAACACAGACGUACACGGUGGGAGCCAUUUCGGAAUCAUCCUUAAGAGCGGUGAUGACCUGCGUCAGGAGAUGUUGGUCCUGAACCUUAUUAAAAUGAUGGAUCAUUUGUGGAAAGCAGAAGGUCUGGACCUGAGGAUGGUUUCGUACGGCUGCGUUUCGAUGGCGACACAGAUGGGUCUCAUUGAGGCCGUCCUGCAGUCGGAGACCAUCGGAAACAUCCAUCAGAGCAGCGGCAGAAGAGCGAUGACUGCAGCUUUCCAUAAAGAAGCCAUAUUCAACUGGUUAAGGGACAAACACCCGGGGGAGUCUCUGCAGCGCGCCAUGGAGGAGUUCACCCGAUCCUGCGCAGGGUAUUGGGUGGCGGCCUAUGUCCUUGGCAUCGGAGAUGGAGCGAGUGACAAGAUUCUGAUCCGAGUAACAGGACAGGUGAUUUUCCAUGGACACAAUCUUGGAAAAUGCAAAACCAAGUUCGGCCUCAGACAAGAGCACCCCCCCUUCAUCCUGACCCCUGAUAUUCUGCACGUCAUACAGCACGGAACGGCGCACAAUCAGAUCAAAUUGGAUUGGUUUCGUUGCGUGUGUGAAAAGGCGUAUAGUGUCCUGAGGAAGAAUAGAAGAAUGUUCUUGAAUAUGGUCAGUCUAAUGAACGGAGCCGGACUGUCCGAACCCAACUCCUCAUUGCUCCUCCAUUACAUGAAGGACUCCCUGGGGGUUCACAUGACUGACGAGGAAGCUCUGAAAAAUUUCCAAAUAAAGUUUGAAGCCGCCAUUCGCAACGACUGGAAGGUGAAACUGAGUCGGUGGGCGCACAACUUAUCCGCAGACAAGCGCUAGUGUUUGUAGCAGCUUCAUGGAUCCCGUGUCCUGUACUGUACUGCCACGUGCAAUGUUUUAUACGCCUGUUAUUUAUGGGAGUUUAUUCCUUUAUCUUAUAGUUGGCUUUUAUUAUUGUGACACUUUUCACACUUUGUACAUUUUAUAAGAACAGAGA